ACGUAUCCCAAGGUGCGACUAUGGAUGAUUUCAAAAUGGAUGAACUGAAGCUGAUUGUGGAGAAACCAGGAGGGUUCGACCGUGAGAACACAUCCACGGUGAAUGUGACCGUUUGUGCCACCUCCACAGAUUCCAGUUCCUGUCAUGGAAGUUCCCUUCACAAAGCGAUCAUCAACACAGAGGCGAGUGGAGUCUCG